AUGCCCAAACAAUCUGACAGCAGGCAAUAUCCAGAAAAACCGACUCCAAAAGCAAGACUCGAACAUCUGAAGAAAAGCAACCGCUGCAUAGGUUGCGGAUCGAAGGGACACAGUUUUGCUGAGUGCAAAGCUAGAGGAUGUAUGCACUGUGGAAAGAAGCAUCACACUUCUACAUGCUUCAAAUCAAGUGCGACUCAUGAAGCUUCGAAAGCACAAACUCCGAAUUGGAAGAAGGAAGAGAAGCAAAAAUCAUCCAAAGCUCGACAAAAUCUUACAUUGUGUGAAGAAGAAGACACACAUACGGACAAUGAUAAUACAGAUAACUUUACGGUGAUGAAAGUAGAAGACGCUUCUCAUCGAACCCAACAAGGGGAGAUAUUUCUUCUAAGUGGAGCGUUACGAACACUGCACCCUCGAACGAAGAAAUUUGUCAAAGUCAGUGUUCUCUUAGAUACAGGUGCGGAUCGCAGCUUCAUCGAUGAAAGACUAGCCAAAAAACUUCAACUACCUAACCACGGAGUAGUCUCGAUGAAACUCAGCACAUUUGGAGCAGCAACCGCGAAAGGAAACCCAAUGCAUCAAGACAUGCAUGAAUGUGAGCAACGAGAGCAACAUAAACUACAACUCUACACUCACAAAAUUCUUACAAGAAACAUUAGUGGAGGGAAACUUCAACAAGAAGAUCUUCAGUACAUCCACAGAAAGCAGAUAACAUUGAGCUCUGCACCAAGUGGCAUAGCUCAACCUCCUGAAGUUUUGAUCGGAUGCGAUCAGCUUUGGAACUUCAUAAAAUUUGAAGCACCACACUUUGUUCUGCCAUCAGGGCUGAAACUUAUACCCACAAGUCUGGGGUACAUGGUGACUGGAAAGCGUAUACAAAAACACGCACAUUCAAAGCUGCACUCGACAGUUCAUUCGAUAGGAACCGAACGAGAUAAUGACCUUUGGGAAAGUCACUGGAAUGAAGAAAGCAAAAGCAUAGAAAAGGAGUACUGUGGGCCAUACGUCACCAACCGGGUGCGAGAAAUACAAAAAAUUGUACAAUCACUAACACAUAUGGGAGUCAAGGUAGAAUUUGGCUAUAUCGAGACCAAGUGGAAUCCGGCAGACAUUGGGACACGUGGAGCAUCCGCACAGGAAAUUUUGUCACAUGUGUGGUGGAGAGGAUAUCCACUUAAGAGAAUUCUCGAUGGCAGAUUUGCAUCUAACUUCUUCAGUCUUUCAAAGGAGUUAGAAGGAGAAGAAGAAACGGAAUGUGUUUCUCCAGUAUAUGCUAUGAAGACUCGUGAAGGAAGAGUCGAAGAUAUUCUAGACCUAGCAAGGUACAGUAGUAUUACAAAAUCGCUAAGGGUCCUAGCAUAUGUCAUUCGAUUCCUUAAAAGCAUCACUUCUCGCUUGGAUAAUGCUCUUCAGAGCAAACUACGGAACAAUCUACCUUGCCUCAAUGAUCCAAACCAAGAACAGUACCUAACAGCAUCCGACAUUAGAAAUGCUCACGAUGUACUGAUUAGGAAUCAUCAAGCUGUACAUAUAUCUCCACAAUACAAAAAGGCACUUUCUAAAACUCUAAACAUGAAGGAGGACAAGAAACAAAUAAUGGCCUCCCAAAGACGUGAUGACGAGUUUUCAAAAAAGCGCCGCGCCGAAGAGCAUAAGCUGAUCGAGGAAAUUCGUCGCAAGCGUGCAUGCGUUAGAAAGAUGCAAGUGUUUCCAUCGGAAGAAAUCAUUCAAAGCAAGAUCAGAAAUUUUGUGAAAUCCAUUGUUCUCAUUGUAACUUCGAGUUGCCUUAGUGAUAAGCAUGCUCACAUCCGUGGAAAUAAGCCCCAGUAUUUGGCACACAUGCGAGCUGCUCUCUACAAGGCCCAUCUGGAGAACAUAUAUUCUGAGACUUGCCAUAUAAUGGCGAAAGAAUCCGGAACCUAG